AUGCUCAUGGCAGCGUUGACGGGUGGAGUUCCAGAAGCUGUAGUCUGGCAUUUAGUGGGGGAAGGGGCCAAAAAGGGUCACGCCAAUCCAUGGAUACGUUUUUUGGCCUUUUGCCUUCUUCCGCUAGAAGAGAAAUUGCCUGCGCCAGGCGACAAGGCAGGCUGGACCCAUCAUAAUCAAGAAGUUUCCAAGAUGUGGAAAAAGCUUAGCAAAGAUGAGAAGGAUGUCUUUCAAGACCCUUACUUCUUUGCUUUGGCAAACUUACCCGACCUCUCAAAUGUGCCUGGUGGAGACAAUGACUUACCUGAUACUGAUGAUGGAGAUGAAACCCCCCUUCAGCUUCUUGAUCAAACGACUAACGCUCCGCAGGUACACAAACUGACUGACGAAGAGAAGCUUAAAUAUCAACCGUUAUUCAAUCGACUUGUUGAAAUUGACAAGCUCCAUGUAUGUCACGGCAAACCGUCUCCUUCAACAUCUGUAGCCACGAUCCAGAAAAAGUCAUUUGUGGAGCUUCGAAAAGCUCCUCAUGCUUUUGCUGUUAUAUAUCAGCAAUAUCAAGUUACUUACUAUCUAGCUGCAGUCAGUUGUGGAAGUACCGAAGGAUGGACACAGGUUUUUUUGAGUAACUCAAAUUUCGCCAAGUGGGCGCACGACAAUGUCAAGGUCCCGCAAACACUAUCCUCUUACAUCCACGGUCAAUCCGCUGCAAAAAUAGUCGAGGGUCCCAGCAAGCCUCAACAGCCAAGUGAUGAGCGUAAGAGUCGGCUAGGAAAACAGCUCAAUGGUCUAGUUGAUGCAAUUUUUCGAGGUCAUAAAUUUCCCAAGUGUGAAUUCCCUAAGAAGAAAUGA